AUGCAUAAGUACAGUAGGGAUUUUGGAGAUAAGAGGAAAGGUCUGUACCUAAAUGAGGAUUUCGUAUUUUGGCGGACAAAGGGAAGAAGAGCUCGUGACAGGUCCCCUAAUGUGACUGCUUCUGGAAGUACAGUGGACAGGCAAUUUCCUGAUAAUCAGAAGGAAGAUUCGGUUGAGAGCAUUGAUGGUAAUCAUAGUCCUCCUUGGUCAUCUCCUGCCAAUGUGGAGACUGACGGGAGCCGGGGUUUCGAACGCAAAGAUGCUGUGCAUGAUGAACUUUUACUUGAGGAGGGAAGCACGGGAAUGGAAAGAGAGGAAAUGGCUUUGAAUACAGUGACUACAAAUGAUACUCUCAACGAUGAAAAUGUAGUACAUUCUGUGCAAAAACAAAAACUAAGUUCCCAAGUCGAACAACCUUCUUACCAAAACAAUGAUGAUAGGGAGGAGUACUCGAAGGCUGCAAGAAGUAGUGAAAACAGCAAAGCAAGAUCAGGAAGUAGUAAAGACUAUAGGAAGUCACGUGAUCCUGUUGAGGAGGAAGUUGUUCAGGGUGGACGUUCUACACGCACAAGGAUCAUAAAGAGACCGGUAGGUGAAAAUGAGGAUAUUGGGCAAAGAAAAGAUCGUGAUGAGAGGCAAGAGAUUGAAAAACACCAUGUUACUGUCAAAGGGAGGGAGGAUUCUUAUUCCCGUAAAAACUGGGACCCUAACUUGGUCCAUCCUUUGCAUGUGAAAACUGAAACUAUUGACAGGCGAAAGGAGAGUGAUACUUCUGAGGUAGCCUGGCAACGGAGAGGUGAAGAUCCACAUGGCAAGAGAACUAGACCUGAAGACACAAGAAAACGGGAGCAUAGUGAGGAAAUGGGGUCCAGGCACCGGAGUAAGGUUCGAGAAAAUGAGAGGAGUGAUAGAGAUGACCAUCAUCAGUUAAGAAACUAUUUUGACAAUGGUAGCUGGAGGGCUCAUGAUAAAGAUAUGGGGUCACGAUACAGGGAUAGGGAUGAUAAUUUGAAGAGUCGAAGUGAGAACAUGGAUGAUCUCCACAUCAAAAGAAGGAAAGACGAGACACAAUCAAGGAGGGACAAUGCUGACAAAGACGUCUUGCAUAUACACACNGAAGAGUCGAAGUGA